AUGUCUCAACAAAGAAACAAGGCAAAAUCAACACCCAUCCUUGAAAAACCUCCAAACACCCCCAGCAACUCUUCGGAAAUUUCCCAAGACCUUCUCAAUUUUGGGAACCAAAGCCCUACUAGCAUUUAUUUGCCCCCCAAUCACCAGGAGAGUAUCCAACUUAUCUUAAGGGAUAUUGCCAAGGCAUUCAAAGAUGCUGCCACGGAAGAGCCCAAGAAGAUGGUUAUGGAAAUCAAUACCGGGGCCGCGAGACCAAUUGGGUCCAAGUUUAAACCGUUUCACAGUACUGAAGAUGAAGACCUUGUUGAGUGGAUCGAAGCAUUUCAAAGAGCCGCUAAUGCAAAUAAUUGGCCCAAGCCUAGAAGAAUUGACAUUGCCUCAGGAUACCUCUUCGGAAUUGCAGCUAACUGGUAUAGUGAUCAUAAAGACGACCUCCAAUAUUGGGAUAAUGAAAACCAGCCUGGAGCCAGCUUUGCCUCUGAAUUCGUUAAAUAUUUCACAACACCAGAAAGGCGCUAUAGGUGGCAAAUAGACCUAAAUUUAUUAACUCAGCAAGAAAAUAAAAAAGUCGAUCUUUAUGUGUACAAAUUUAAAAGGUUACAAAAAAGAGUUUACCCAAAAAAUAAAUUACCACCUACCUAUGUGGUCAGAAUGUUUAUUGGUGGUCUAAAAGGUAAAAUUGCUGCUUUCAUGUCUAUCGCCGAACCAAAAAACCUUGAUAACGUUAUCAAGAAUGCUAGAAAAAUAAAAGCCGGUGAAUACUAUGAGAAAAGAAAAGAAGAAGACCCUACUAACCAACUCAUCGAAGCCUUGACACAUAAAAUGCAUCAAAUGGCCGCAAAUUAUGAAAAAUUGACCACCACAUUGGCAGCCAGAGUUGAAGUUAACCCUGUCCCAAACAAAAUAGACCAUCCCAGCCCCGGCAGACUCCAAACGGCGGUAUUGAGUGCUAUAAUUGUGAAGAAAGAGGCCAUAUUGCUAGGGAUUGUCUUGCUGAAUGAUGCCAAAACACUGGGAGACCCCUUGUGA